CAUUCAACAACCCUCUGCUCCGUCGUGUGUUCUGUGUUGAUACCGUUCAUCCUCAUCUUUAUCUGUUAAAGCCAGUUCAGACCAACUUUUUGAAAAAGUGUUCCAAACAUGGCUUACACGACUGCGGGUGGGACAAAGAAGAAGGUCUGCUACUACUAUGACGGUGACAUAGGAAAUUAUUACUAUGGACAAGGGCAUCCCAUGAAACCACAUCGUAUCCGGAUGACUCACAACCUGCUUCUGAAUUAUGGACUGUACAGAAAAAUGGAGAUUUAUCGACCACACAAAGCCACCGCAGAGGAGAUGACAAAAUAUCACAGUGAUGAUUACAUUAAGUUUCUCCGGUCCAUACGGCCUGACAACAUGUCCGAGUUCAGCAAGCAGAUGCAGCGCUUCAACGUCGGAGAGGACUGUCCUGUGUUUGAUGGCUUGUUUGAGUUUUGCCAGCUCUCCGCUGGUGGCUCUGCAGCUGGCUCAGUGAAAUUAAACCGACAGCAGACUGACAUUGCUGUGAACUGGGCUGGAGGACUUCACCACGCAAAGAAGUCGGAAGCCUCUGGAUUCUGUUAUGUCAAUGACAUUGUGUUGGCCAUCUUGGAGCUGCUCAAGUACCACCAGAGGGUGCUAUACAUUGAUAUUGACAUCCACCAUGGGGACGGCGUGGAGGAGGCCUUCUACACCACAGACAGGGUCAUGACUGUGUCCUUCCAUAAAUACGGGGAGUACUUCCCUGGAACUGGAGACCUCAGGGAUAUCGGAGCCGGAAAAGGCAAAUACUAUGCUGUCAACUUCCCCCUGCGUGAUGGCAUUGAUGAUGAGUCAUACGAGCAAAUCUUCAAGCCUGUGAUGGCCAAGGUGAUGGAGAUGUACCAGCCCAGUGCUGUGGUUCUUCAGUGUGGUGCAGACUCACUCUCAGGCGACCGCCUCGGCUGCUUUAACCUCACUAUUCGCGGCCAUGCCAAGUGCGUGGAGUACAUGAAGUCCUUCAAUCUCCCGCUGCUCAUGCUUGGCGGAGGAGGAUACACCAUCCGCAACGUGGCCCGCUGCUGGACCUAUGAGACGGCUGUGGCUCUGGACACAGACAUCCCUGAUGAACUGCCAUACAAUGACUACUUCGAGUACUUUGGGCCUGACUUUAAGCUACAUAUCAGCCCGUCCAACAUGACCAAUCAGAACACACAGGAGUACAUGGACAAGAUCAAGCAGCGACUGUUUGAGAACCUGCGGAUGCUGCCUCAUGCCCCUGGGGUGCAGAUGCAGGCCAUCCCGGAGGACGCUGUCCCAGACGACAAUGUGGACGAGGACACGGAGGAUCCUGACAAACGCUUGUCCAUCCGUGCAACAGAUAAGAGGAUAGCCUGUGAUGAAGAGUUCUCUGACUCCGAGGACGAGGGGGAGGGAGGCAGGAAAAACGUGGCCAAUCACAAGAAGGGAGUAAAAAGGGCCAGAGUCGACGAAGACAAGAAGGAGGGAGAGGAGAAGAAAACUGAGUUAAAAGAAGAAGAGAAAACAAAGGACAGCAGCGCAGAGAAGACCGAGUCAAAAAGUGUGAAGACUGAGCAGACCAGCAGUGCCUGAAUGGCUUCGUCUCAUUCAUACACACAACUCGACGGUGCUGUCCUCCCUCAAGGAAUCUAACUCUUCACUGAAUCCCAGCCAGAAGCAUUAUAUUUAUUAUGACUCCAUUUUCUACUUGUAAAUCUCUUGUGAAUUGUCUUUGUGUAGUGUAUCCGUGGAUUUCUUCAGUCCACCGUUUGAAUUUUCUAUUCUACGUCCUUUGAUACCCUUUAAAUCAUUUUAUUCCAAUGUGCUUGACCUUCUGAAGGAAACCUGGACUUUGUUGGGUUUUUUUUUUAGGAAACUGUGGGUAAAGUUGUAGAUGAACUUAUAAUGGUUUCAUGUUUAAAUUUUAAUAUUUUGCAUUUGUCAAUAAAACUUUGUAUACUAUGUC